AUGGCAUCCAGCCGCACCGCCCUGCUUGCGUUGGCUACUCUCACUGCACUCGCUGGGUGGAGUGUGUGCGCGCCGCAAGGCAGCGUGCAGGGCGGCGCGCAGUUGCCAGGCGUCUCGCACUCUACCGCACCGCCCGCGGGUGUUGGCGGCGUCCGCAGAUUCAGCCAGUAUUCCAGAGGGCGUGGCUAUCGCGAUUGGAGGACCAGGGGUGACCCAACACUCAUCAACUCAUUGUGGCGGAGCAGACAGCCGCUGGGAAUUCGGAAACAACUUGGGAACGCGGAGGUGUACAUUGUGCUAGCGUUGCUGAUAGGUGUGGUGACCGUGGUAGUAGGGUGUUGGCUGUCAGACAAUUGCUGGUCACCAGAACCCGAGGACAUCCUGGCAGGCGGCUGA